AUGAUGGUGGCAUCCAUCCUUGCCUUCGCCCUGCUCUUCGGUUCCAUGCUGGGCCAGAGAUGCAAUACCAGGUUGGGUGUCAUAAAUACCAAUUUCCUCAUCGAGAAGCUCAAGAACGACCCACCCUCAAAAUGCAGCUGCAGUGGCAAUGUGACUGACUGCGUGUGCCCUUCCAUCCCGUCUGAUGAUUGUGCCACACCGUGCUUCCAGGAAGGACUGUCACAGGUGAUCAAUGCCACACAGAGAACAGAACUCUUGAUUACUUUCUAUCAAGUGAAAAAGACGGUUGAAACCCUAAAGAAUAGCAAGUGUCCGCUUUUUUCCUGUGAAAAGCCGUGCAACCAGACCACAGCAGGCAACACACUGACAUUUCUGAAGAGUCUCCGGAAGACGUUCCAGAAGACGCAGAUGGGAGUGCCGAAAAAAUGA